AUGGACCGCAAAAUUGCUGUCAAAAAGUUUUUCCAAGAGUUUGAUCUCUGGUGGCGGCGAUUCAUACAUGUGUCCACUUGGGGCCGGGCUUUUCAAUUCACGGACGAGGCUUCGACACUGGCCUAUCUGACCAAUCGGGAGUCAUCGCUGGGCGGCUACAGCACUGUCAUCACCCAAUUCUAUCCCCGCGACCCGCGGGACGACCCCUUCCCUGUCCUGGUCUACAUCGCUCUGCCCUGCAAUCAGCUAUUCAUGGGCUCCGCGUCGCUGGACGUGAUCGCCAAAGACAUCGCUCUGUCGGCCGGCAUUUGCGGCCCGAAUGUCGAGUAUUUGGCAAAACUGACGGCUUUUAUGCAAAUCCAUUUGCCGGACGAAUCCGACGAUCAUUUGUAUCGUUUGGAGGAUUUGGUCCGAAAACAGGUGAGCGGUGGCGGACAGGAGUGCGACGAACGGCUCCUCAAGUUGUUUGACGAGGCAAUGGAUGAAGAGAUCAACGAUUUGAUGCAAUUGAAGUCCGUAUUGAGUUUGGCUGACGAAGAAUGGCUGGAAGAUAGUGCCAACCAGUCGUCGCCGCUUUCUUCUGGUUCCAGUACUCGCAGCGGAAGUAUGUCUUCGAGUGUCUCGUCAACGGAGAAGGAGAUGAUGGCCGCCGCCGGUGGCAGUCAGUGGCUGUCGUCGGCUGAGCCGCCGAAACACACGGACAGAGUUAAGGCCCGGAAGUUGCGCUGUAUUAACAAGUAG